UACAUCCAGACAGUAUACAACAUGGAACGCAAUUUAGAGCCACGCGGUUUAUCAGAAUCACGCCAAGUUGCCGUGGACUCAGUGUCAUUUGGUGUGCCUAUAACAAAAUAAGCCUAGCAAAGUCACGAGCAACAUUAACCAUUGUGCCUUUUUAGUACACAUACUUUAAGAGACAAGCGUAAAUUGUGGGUUUAUCAUAAUAACACAAAUGGCUUACAAACACAAUCUGGUUCGAACCUAUUUUUCCGUCUUGUUAUAAGCCAUUCGCUUUGAUACGUAACUAGUCGUAAGUAAAUUAACAUAAAUACUUCACGUCGAUUUUAACGUCAAUGAAUCGCGUACAGACAUGUGCAAACCAUUGACCACCAAGAGGUUGCAAAAAACACAAAGACGAAUUGAACUUGUCACAUGUUUUUGCAGAAUAUCACAUAGAAUAUCACAAGCAAUAUAUAAAUAUUGAACAUUAACGACCAUGAUGAUCCGAUAUUAAUGCAAGAAUACGUCAGAUAAGGAUACUUUGGCACUUUGAAUGUCCUAAUUGCUCACAAAUUCGGGACGACGAUUUGAUAAGCAAUACAAGUGUAGCCUUUAUUCUAAUUUAAAACCGUCGUACCGCUUGAUAUUCAAUUGAAAUGAUUACAGAUUUCACUCUCAUUUAGUUUAUCUUUGAUAGACAGCGAAAAGUGUGACACUGUGACAAAGGGCAGUCACAUUUGUUCUUGGAUCUUUUUGCCAAUGGGGUCUAAGGUUGUCUGACAUUCAGACAUCGUCAAACACGCCUGAUUGCAUGUGUUUUACACCUUAAUAUUGUACCAGUUUACCUGCAUUGAAAUUUCCAACCAGGAUUGUUUUCAAUAGUGCAGACACUUCUCCAUUGCUGCCCUCUCUCAAACGCAUUAUUUUGGAAAAAGUCGCUGUGAGCUCUUCUUGGAUGCGCAAACUAUUCAAUACACAUUUAACACUCGAGCAUAAGGUGACAUGUAUUCUGAAUGAGUGCAAUAUUGUAGGAGACGCAUUCUAUUACUGUUUUCGCUUAUCAAUAAAGAUAGGCGUAAACAAUACAUUUGACAUGUUCAACAUUUUUUAUGACAGUUCAGAGCUGUGGGAAACUAUCGGUGGUCUCAAUAUUAAGUCUCUGAGUCUGAAUAGUAUUGAGCGGUAAAUGGACGAUUUGGAAAUUGGUGGUUGGCGAGUGAAUGAUGCAUCAAUUUUGUCGCAAUCUCUCGCAUCGCUCCAAAGUCUAGAAACGUUAAGUAUUAACGUAGAAGCCAUAACUUCCGAUUUUUGGUCGGCUCUGUACAGUUUAAAAAUUAAACGUGUGGCUCUGAGUCUGUAUAUCGGUUUGAAAGGUCUGAUAGUGAGUCAUGUAGGUAUGUUGUCGCAGCCUUCCUUUUCCAUCUCACAGAUUGACUCGAAUUAUAUUGACGUGAAUUCCAAGCCCGAUCUGUUGAAGGCUCUCCACGGUCUGAUUAUCACGAGUCUUUGUCUAUGUGGCAUUGUGGAAAAUUUAGAUCUCAAUCAGUUAUCACUGUUGGUGACUUUGCUUACGUCGCUCAAACAACUUGAACGCCUAAGUAUAGACGCGAAGAAUGACAGCCUAUGUCUGUGGUUUGCUAUGAAUUUUUUUAAUAUAAAGAUUCUGGAUAUUGGUAUUCGAUGCCAAGGUUUUACAAUUAGUCGUCCAGCGUCUUUGUCAACGUUGCUACCGUCGCUCAAACAAAUUGAUAAAAUAAGGUGGUUUGUAACAGAUGAUAUAUCUGUUUUAUUGGAGGUUCUUAAUGGUCUAAACAUCAAGAGUCUGAGAUGGGAUGAGACACAUGCGGUAUGGACAUACUCAGUAAUGAAGCUGCUAAGAAUUGACUUGCAGUAUUACAGUUCAGGUCUGUUGGAGGCUCAUAACAGUCUGAAUGUCAGGAGUCUCUGCCUGAGAUUGUAUGGGGAUGAUUCAACAAAAUUGACAAUGACUCAAAAAUCAUCCUUGUAUCAUUCACUAUCAUCUCACACAGAGCUUGAAACACUAAUUAUUGAUAUACCUAUUGAAAACAGUACCGGUUUGUGGGAGGCUCUCCGAUGUCUCAAUGUCAAGACUCGUGAUCUGAAAGGUAAUGGAAUCUGGUUUGACAUGAUGAACGAUGCACAUUCAGUUUCCCAGUCUUUAUUGUUGCUCACACAAUUGGAAACACUCGGCAUUGAAGUGUUCUCAGACAGACCAGGUUUGUGGGAGGCUCUCCGAUGUCUCAAUGUCAAGACUCUUCAUCUGAAAGGUAAGAGAUUCCGUUUUGACAUGAAAGAUGCACAUAUAAUUUCACAGUCGUUAAUGUCGCUCACACAGCUGGAAACACUCAGUAUUGAAUUGUCUACAUGGUAUCCAGAUUUUAUGGCGUCUCUGUAUGAUCUAAAUAUUAAAUCUCUGAAUCUGAGAUGCGAAUUUAGAGGUUUGAACGGAUAACAUAAUGAUGUAUUGGCCCAUUCACUAACAUCGCUUAAAUUGCUGGAAAUCUUUUAUAUUUAUAUGAAUAAAUAUACCGACAUACUGUUACCUCAGUGCUUAAAGGAUGUAACUAUAUAUUGUGAAGCACUGACUCCUUUGGAACUGCGCAACCUGAUUAAAACACUUGCUUCAUGUUGUCAGGCAGUUGAUGUGAAGCUAGAAUUCGGUUGUACACAAAGGACAAUUGACAAAUGGCAAUUUAAAAACACACGGCAAAUCCAACCCGAGGAAUACAUUGCAAUCCUACAGGAAAUUUAUGCCAUGGGGAAUGUUAUCAUAAGAAGAUUCCGAAUAUGGACACGAUCAAACCAAUCUGAAAUAUGGUCAGUAUGUAAUAUUGGCAAUAGUACUAGCGAUGAUCAUAUUGACCAUAGCGGUGAUGAAGAGAGCUAUAGAACAUUCUUAACCAAACUGGAUGAUGUUGUAAAUCGAAUUUCUAUUCGGCUUCAAAUAGUAACAAGCCUCGAUUCCAUUAAUCAAUAAUUGCGGUAAUGAUAAAUGAUUUUUCUAUGAAAACACUUAAAUCUGGCAGAGUUUUUAAUACUUUUUUAAUAUACCGAAUACUUUACAUUGAAUGUCGUUGUUUAUUUGUAACAGUGUACCUGUUUUACGUAUUAUCCGUUAUUUUGAUGCUUUUGAACAGUGCAUGUUAUUGUGUCCUCUAGGUUUGACAAGAUAGUAAUUUAACAUUUUUUUCCAAAAAGAGCUGUAACCUCAAAUAAUGUGCUGCAAACCUCUUAAUAUUAUACAAGGGUACAGUUGCAAUGUCGUAAACAUACAUAACAGUGUUUAUUAACUAUAUUAUAUUUUACGCUUUUAUACUGAAAUGAACCGCCUGUAAUGCGUGAUGUUUUGUUAUUAUUUGGCAGUUCAAACUAUUAAUAUGUGAUGUUCCUUGUAACGUCUGAUAUCAUUUUUUUUAAUAAACACAUUUUAUAUAACUA